GCCACCACCGAAUGCGAGGCUGCUCAGGAAUGCUACACCAAGGCCGUGAGUAACUAUGACACUGUGAAGGCCAGUUCUCAUCAGCAGCUGGAUGCCUUGAAGCAGGAGUGGCGUGCUCUCUUGCGCAUGGAAUGCAUGAUCAAAGUCUUUGAACUGCCAGAGGGGGACCGGGCCAACGCUAUUGAUCAGUGCCAGCUGAAAGACGUGGCCAAGCAAAGCGAUCAAGACCUCGCUUUGCAGUUCCCUGUCAAGCCUGGCAAGCCUUCAUGCCAAAUCCCGACAGACCCAGCUGGCAGCUCGGCCUACAAGACGGCCAACUACAACAGCCUGCCCGCGGAGGCUCCUGCAAAGGCAUGCGUUGCAAGUUGCUGUGAGCAGUCUGCUGGUGUGUCCGGUUUGGACUUCUCGGGGCUUGGCACUACGCCUUCUGGAAGCUGGUCCCUGGCUCUCAACAUCGACACAAACGAUGGCAACGUCGUGGCCUACCCGAAUGUUGAAUUUUGGGAGUCAGCUACAGGCUUGGGAGGGGCCAGUGAUCAGACGUCGGAGCGUUUCAGCCGGGACUACAAGGACACGGAUGUCUUCAGCAACAAGGAGGCCAAGGAGCUUUUGAUUGUUUGCCACAAUGAGGGCAAGGCACUCGGAUGGAGAACCUGGAAGCUCUUGGAAACCAAGACGCUCCACGGCUGGUUCACCACGGGUAACACCUGCAGCAGUGGACUUGACACCAGCAAGAGGUACAAGAUGGCUGAUGAGACAACGGGCGGCGAUGUCGGACACCUCAUUGAGUGGGAGCCAUUGAUCAAGAACACGCACAAUGGCGUCGAUGACCUUUACGUGAAUACCGAGAUGAACACAAACGAUUUCAACCGCUUGUCGACAAAUCGCAACGGCGGAUACAAUCUCGGAUCCGGCCUAGGCACCCAGUACGAUGCAAACUUCGCCGGCAAUUGCGGAGACACGGAGCGACCGCAGGCAGAUGCCCAGAUGCGCACGGAGAAGUACCAUUGGGGAAGUGGCGGCGGCAUUGGCGGGCUCAUUGGCUCCGAUCACAAUUGCCACGGGGGCUGCCCGUGGACAAUCAGUUCGGGUUACGAUUACGACUACGCUAUCUUUGUGCAAUGA